AUGCAACAAACCGCAUUCUCAUUUCAUGGUACACUUCACGCUGGUUUUCAUUUCGCUGUUAUUGAUACAAUAACAAAAUAUGGUCGCCAGCUUACGGAUCAUAUUCCUGGGCCGUUGUGUGUUCCAGUAUUAGGCUGUGUGGGUGAAGCAACAACUCUAACACCGAAAAAAUUACUGGCAAAGUCGUUUGAAGCAUACAAUUUAUAUGGAGACACUAUAAAAGGCUGGGUACUAGAUCGUCUGUUUAUAUUCACAUCAAAUGCAGAAUUGAUUGAACAAUUUUUAGUUCAUUCCACACAAACGCGCAAAUCAAAUUUAUAUAAUAUCUUAAAACCAUGGCUGGGAACAGGUUUGCUAAUAAGCGACUCACAAAAAUGGUAUACCCGCCGUAAAAUUAUAACACCAACAUUUCAUUUUACAAUAUUGGAACAAUUCUUAGAAAUCUUCGAUAGACAAUCGACGGUUUUGAUUAAUUGCCUCUCGGAGAGAGCCAAUGGUGUGACAAAAUUUGAUAUAAUGCCCUAUAUUUGUUCAGCUACCUUGGAUAUAAUAAUGGAAUCAGCAAUGGGUGUUAAUGUCCAUGCUCAGACGGACAAAACUAUGCCAUAUAAGAUUGCUGUGAGGGAAAUAACAAAUCUGAUGAUGUGGCGAUUUAUUCGUGCCCAUCUAAACAAGGAAUUAGUGUUUUCUAUUUUGUGUCCACUGAAGAAACUACGACAAAAUAAACUCAUAAAAAUCAUGCACAAAUUCACAAAAACUGUCAUUGAGGAACGUCGCCGAGAAUUGGAGAUACAAUUAAAUUCAGAAGCCGAAAAAAAUCAUGAUCCCCAUGACAUUGGUGCUAGAAAGCAUAUGGCUUUACUCGAUGUUCUCUUGCAAGCUUCAAUUGAUGGUCGACCAUUGUCAAAUGAUGACAUCCAGGAGGAAGUCGAUACAUUUAUGUUUGAGGGUCACGAUACCACAACGACUGCCAUUAGUUUCACUCUAUAUCUGGUGUCACGCCAUUCUGAAGUACAGAAAAGGCUGCUAUCUGAAAUAUAUGCAGUUUUUGGAGAAUUGAAUAUCGAGCCAUUCACAAUGUCCAAAUUAAAUGAAUUGAAAUAUAUGGAAUGUGUAAUAAAGGAGUCAAUGAGGCUGUACCCACCAGUACCAUUAAUUGGGCGUGAAAUCAGCGAAGAUUUUCAUUAUACUCACUCUCGUUUUGGUGAUGGCAUUAUUCCUGCCAAUACACAGUUCGUUAUUUCAAUUUUCAAUACAAUGAGAGAUCCUCGAUAUUAUGAAAAACCAUCUGAUUUUAUACCAGAUCGACACGAAGACACGUCUUCUAGUAACCCAUUUACCUAUAUUCCAUUUAGUGCGGGGCAACGAAAUUGUAUUGGUCAACGCUUUGCAAUGUUGGAAAUGAAAGUUAUACUUUGUAAAAUCGUCAGGGAAUAUGAGCUGUUGCCAUUCGGUGUAAAUGUUGAACCCAUACUUGGAAUUGUUUUACGUUCGGAAACUGGUAUGCAAAUUGGUUUGAAGAAGAGAACAUCAAAAUAA